UCGCAAACUACAACAGCACGUAUCACAUGUCACACUACUUGGUCCUCCCAUCUUUAUGCGCUACGGCAUUCGAGGACAGAGCAAAUCUUCGUGCCCAAUACGUGUAUCACGAGCGUCAAAUAAGCGGUUCCCAUUACUGAUGAACCUCUGUUUGCGCUUCCUAGACAAUUCCCUCCAUUUCAUAUCACCGUUCCUAUCUUCAUCUUCCGCCUUGUCCACCUCCACUUCCAGAGCUUGGCACCACAAGGCCACAACCAGACCCUCUGCAUCCGCCUCACAUACUUCAACAAGCAUCAUGGCCACAUCCCAAAAGGUUUCCAAAAGGUAAAAAUCGGCAGUAUGUAUGAAAAGCCAUACGGCGUCUAGCAGACCGAGGUUGUCGUGUACGAUUUGCGUAUAGUUGUUGGAUCUGUCAUUCCGAGGAAGGUUGGACUUAAAGUCCCGAAGAAUGAUAAUGACACCCCGGAAAAAGGCCUUAUACAAGUACUCGUCCAGCUCGACCUCGGCAGUUGGAGGAGGUAAACCGACAAUCUCGAACAAUCGGCAGCAGUGAUCAAGGACACCCAAUGACUCCCCGCAUAGCAUCUGCUCGUCGACAAACUUUGCAGAGAUAUUGACGAACGUCUCAGAAAUGCGUGAUUUUGUCUUUUUGUCGAGAAGUGUUUCAAGGAACUGAUUAGAGCCGAAAAGGCCCCAUCAGCAUUUACUCAGGCAAAGUCUGUCUGUAAUGGAGCCUACUCACACCCAAUGUCAUUGUCAGUGAUGUGCGAAAUAUGAGGUUUUUCAUCGGGGGGGUUUUUACUUCACCAUCAGUUUUGUUGUCAAGAGUCUUUGAAUUUGGCGCAUCGACCUUGUCAUUUUCAUUUUCCUCCACAUCAUCCCACUCUGGUGCACUGGCUGCGACUGGCCUAGGCUGUAAAGGCGCUCCAGCAUAAUACUCAAUAUGCUCUUCUCUCUGGGAAGACCAACUCGAUGCAGCCGGACUGUUUAUAACAUUCAAACUCCCCAUAAAUGGAUCUAUUGUCCCAUGGGAGACAGAAUUUGAAGCUUCUCUUCCCAUAGGACCGGGUCGAACGAUGGAUCUCUGUGCGAGAGGAGAUGAGGGGGCGGAACCUCCAGAUUGGUCCGGAUAAAGUCUCCGGUGUGGUGAGCUGGGCAUUUGUGCACUGGGACUCUGGAUGAUAGCUAUACUAGACUCGGCGUAAGGCGCAAAUGGGGGAUCAAGAGAAUCAAUAAAACUGUCUUCUUCGUCCGACAGAUCCGAGCCGGGAGAAUGAGGCCUAUGAUCAGCGGGAUUGUAGUCUCUGGAUGUACGGCGCUGAGGACUCGGAGUUGAAGGCCGUGAGGGCGAGUAAGAGGCCAGAGCGUCGAAAGAAGAGGCCAAAGGAAAUUGUCUUUCCGGACCUUGACUUGUCGAAAAUUCGACGUGAAGUGGUAAAUCGUCCUCAUCGUCGUCGAAGUCGAGGUGCAGUGAUUCAGCAACUAAAGUUGAGAUGUGACGGACCGGAGAAAUCUGAGAACCAAGUGGUGGGGGUGAGCGAGGCCGGUUACGAGGAGAGUGGGAUCGGGGCGGGGUAUGAGGCGAGGUACGGCUCGCGAUCGGCAAAGAGCUAAAUUGAACGGUAGGCGUGCGAGAUCGGUCAGGUAGUGGUUCGUCCAUGUUACUUUACGAGAGAAAGAGCUACUUUUGAGGAAGAUGGCAUGUGUCAACAACAACAAAAGCAAGUGCCAGAUGAUUCGCACCAGCAGAGAAUCUAGUACUAGUGAACGUUGGAUGACAGGAGAUCCGUGCGUCAAAAAAACGGUCGCGUCGGUUUUAUCGCCAACUCCGUCGUCCUUUUCUGGGAUAGAAGUCAAUCAGCACUUGAGUCCUUCAUCCGCAUAUUCUAGCAAGAUGAAGGGACUCUGUACCUUCGCAAGUCCAUCUACCAAUAACCCAGAGUCAUUAGCACAUGAAUGUGAAAGAAGAUGGUGGUUCGCAACGUAAGGAGCGAAUGAGCUCAGUUCACCCCAUUCGUAUCUAGUGUUAAUUAUACGCGCAUAUGCAUGAU